GACAAAGAAAAUCUGCUGCGCAAUGGGACGAAGGAAAUCUGCUGCGGUAUUGUACAGGCUGCUACAGCAAGGCAGAUCUGGGCGGCGUGGUAAAUCCAAACUGCGCAAUUGGACGGAAACCUCUUCGAUCGGAACAGAGAGGGAUGGACGGCGGCGACUUCAACGGGCGAACAUGGGCGGCGAUUCUUUGCAGAUAAACGGAAAAGGGCGGGCGAACAGGGAUUCGCCGGCGACAAGGACGGAGACGCCCAACCGGGGCAGAGAUGGACGAUCCCGGUGACAGGAGAAGAGACUUGGACAGUUCACCGGGAAGAGACUAACGAUGCUCCGGCGCAGACAACCGGCGAACGAAAGACCAGAUUUGCAGCGGCCACCUAGGGUUUUACGUGAUAUCCCAGGUUUGCUCCGAUACCAUGUAGAAUUUGGUGAACUGAAUGACUUGCUUGUUUCAUUGAUACCGAAGGAUAUAAAUACAAGUUACAAGCCCAA